UUCGUGCGAUUCUGUGAAUCUUCCAGGAAUGACGCUGUGUCCUAAAUGAACCAGCCCUUUUGCUGAGUAAACAAAACAAAGCCUGUGACGGAUGGAGGGAGGAGGAGUGUGAUCGUUUGAUUGUCUGUAAAGGUUCAGUUCUUUUCACUCCUGGCCUAUAAAGAGGUGUCACAUCCGGAGUCGUCUUUCCCGUUUUCUUGCUUCUGCUUCUGCUUCUGCUCCUGCAACAGAGUCGGUCCUUCACGGGAGUCUGCCUGAUGCCAUCAUGUUUGGUUUUUGUUUUUCAUCUCGGCAGCAGUCUAAGAAAAAUCAAGAGAUGCUGCAGCAGCUUUCCGAAAACCAACCCUGCAGUGAAGAUGAGACCAUGGUCCCAGUACUAACGUCCAGGAAAGCCAGUGAACUGCCAGUUAAUGAAGUAGCGUGUGUCCUACAGGCGGACCUGCAGUCGGGUUUGACCCAGGAGGAGGUGAACCGGAGGAGAACUUACCACGGCUGGAACGAGUUCGACAUCAGUGAAGAAGAGCCGCUAUGGUGGAAGUACAUCUGCCAGUUCAAAGACCCUCUCAUCCUGCUGCUGCUGGCCUCGGCUGUCAUCAGCGUCGUCAUGCACCAGCUGGACGAUGCCAUCAGCAUCACGGUGGCCAUCAUCAUCGUGGUGACCGUGGCCUUCGUUCAGGAGUACCGCUCAGAGAAGUCUCUAGAGGAGCUCGGGAAGCUGAUGCCUCCAGAAUGCCACUGUAUCAGGGAUGGACACCUGGAGCACCUGCUGGCCCGGGAGCUGGUUCCUGGAGACACCGUCUGCCUGUCGGUGGGAGAGAGGGUCCCUGCAGACCUCCGUCUCUUUGAGGCGACCGACUUGUGUGUGGAUGAGUCCAGUUUAACGGGGGAAACGACCCCCAGCUCCAAAUCCACCUCCCACCAGCCGGCAGCCAUCAACGGAGACAUCGCCUCUCGGAGUAACAUCGCCUUCAUGGGGACACUGGUGCGCUGCGGCAAAGCCAAGGGAAUCGUCAUCGGAACCGGAGAAGACUCUGAGUUUGGGGAGAUAUUUAAGAUGAUGCAGGCUGAGGAGGCUCCUAAGACUCCUCUACAGAAGAGCAUGGACCUCUUGGGGAAGCAGCUGUCUCUUUACUCCUUCUGCAUCAUAGGGGUCAUCAUGCUGGUGGGAUGGCUGCAGGGGAAGAAGAUCCUGGACAUGUUUACCAUCGGAGUCAGUCUGGCGGUAGCCGCCAUCCCAGAGGGCUUACCCAUUGUGGUGACGGUGACGCUGGCGCUGGGCGUCAUGCGUAUGGUGAAGAAGAGGGCCAUCGUCAAGAAGCUUCCCAUCGUAGAGACUCUGGGUUGCUGUAAUGUGAUCUGCUCUGAUAAAACUGGAACUCUGACCAAAAACGAGAUGACCGUCACUCAGAUUUUCACAUCAGAAGGACUCCACGCUGAGGUGACAGGUGUCGGUUACAAUGGAGCUGGAGAGGUUUUACUGGAUGGCGCUGUCGUCCACGGCUUUUCCUGCCCUUCCAUCAGUAAAAUUGUAGAGGUCGGCUGUGUGUGUAACGACUCGGCCAUCAGGAACCACAGCCUGCUGGGACGUCCUACCGAGGGGGCGCUGAUCGCCCUUGCCAUGAAGAUGGGCCUGGAGAGCGUGCAGAAGGAGUAUGUCCGUCUGGAGGAGCAUCCCUUCACCUCAGAGCAGAAGUGGAUGGCUGUUCGUUGUGUUCACUGCACUCAGCAGGAUAAGACUGGUGUGUACUUCGUGAAGGGAGCUUAUGAGCAGGUGAUUCGCUUCUGCAGCUCAUAUAACAGUAGAGGAGCAGCACUUCCUCUCACCUCCCAGCAGAGGGAGCUCUACCAGCAGCAGAUCAGCUAUAUGGGCACCUCCGGACUCAGAGUGCUGGCGUUCGCCUCGGGGGCUCAGAUGGGGAGCCUGACCUUCCUGGGCCUGGUGGGCAUCAUUGACCCUCCCAGAGAAGGCGUUAAAGAGGCCGUCGCUACGCUCAUUAGCUCCGGUGUCGCCAUUAAGAUGAUCACAGGAGACUCUCAGGAGACCGCCGUGUCCAUAGCCAGCCGUCUGAGUCUUUUCUCUAAAGGGUGUCAGUGUUUAUCAGGAGAGGAAGUGGAUCAGCUGGACCUGCAGCAGCUGUCAUAUGUUGUCCCCAGAAUAUCUGUGUUUUAUCGAGCCAGCCCCAGACACAAGCUGAAGAUUGUGAAGUCGCUGCAGAAUCUCGGCGCCGUGGUGGCCAUGACGGGGGACGGCGUGAACGACGCCGUGGCUCUGAAAGCUGCCGACAUCGGCGUGGCGAUGGGUCAGACGGGCACAGACGUCUGCAAGGAGGCUGCUGACAUGAUCCUGGUGGACGACGACUUUCAGACCAUCUUGUCGGCCAUCGAAGAAGGAAAAGGGAUUUAUAACAACAUCAAAAACUUUGUGUGCUUCCAGCUGAGCACGAGCAUUGCAGCAUUGACACUCAUCUCCUUGGCAACGCUGAUGAACUUCCCAAAUCCACUGAACGCCAUGCAGAUCCUAUGGAUCAACAUUAUCAUGGAUGGACCGCCCGCUCAGAGUUUGGGGGUGGAGCCUGUGGAUCGUGAUGUCAUCAGGAAGCCUCCUCGUAAUGUGAAGGACAGCAUCAUCACCCGCUCUCUGAUUGUCAAGGUCCUGGUCUCUGCCUUCAUCAUUGUCUGCGGGACACUGUUCGUCUUCUGGAGAGAGUUGCAGGACAACAUGAUCACUCCUCGGGACACCACCAUGACCUUCACCUGCUUCGUCUUCUUCGAUAUGUUCAAUGCUCUUAGCUCGCGCUCCCAGACCCGGAUGGUCCAUGAGAUGGGUCUGUGCAGCAACAAGGCCUUCUGCUUUGCCGUCCUGGCCUCCAUCAUGGGGCAGCUCCUCGUCAUCUACUUCCCUCCUCUGCAGAACAUCUUCCAGACGGAGAGCCUAAGCCUACUUGACUUGCUUCUCCUGGUGACCCUCACCUCCUCGGUGUGCAUCGUGUCGGAGGUCAUUAAGAAGAUGGAGAGGCUAUGGAGAGCUGAGAGGCGCCCUCCCCCUGACUCCUCACUGGAUGUAUGACCCCGCCCCCUCACCCUCCAUUUCUGUGUUUGAUUUGGAGGAAGAGGAUGGUGGCGGUGCGAGGUGAUUGGCUGUAGGAUCUCACACCUGACUACACUGACUCAUUUGGACUGCAAAGACUCGUGUGGAAUCCUCAGGGUCUCUGGUCUGGGACCGGGGGGGGGGGGGGGGGGGGGGGGGGGGGGUCUCUCUUGGUGAAUGGACCCUACUCCUUAUUUAGGGUGAAGUACAUCUUCUGCACAUGGGUUUCUACUCCAGUUGUUUUAAUCGAAGACUCCUAGUUCCAUGAGAGGUCAGAGAUCGGCCCUGUUCUGGUUCCUCAUCGGAGAACCUCCAGUGGAGAAGAACCAAGCCAGAGUUAGAAGAUCUGACAGGCUUCUGCCUCUAAAAGUCUUUCUACAUAGUUUUCUACCAAACAGGCACCUGCACUGCAACUUUAUGACCCCGAAUCUGGUUUAAAACACAUUUAUGACUUUAGGACCUGCUCUGUUCUGUUUCAGCGUUACAUCAGGAUUAAAGUUUCCUUCUGACUCUUCGGCUCUUACCUGUCAAACUCUGGAUUUGGGGUCAUGACCCCACAUCGGGUCAGCCAUUUUUAUUUGCAACUCAAAGCCUUAAAAAGAGAAUCUUGAUUUUGUUGAUAAAGUUCAGCUUCUGGGCUCUGUUGGACUUCAGAACAGAACCGGUUUUAGACAUUGGACCUGUCAGUUCUGAUUGUCCAUGUUGGAUUUUCAGAUUUCUCUUUAUUUUCUGAUAGUGUGUCUGUCUGAAUCAGAACCAGCCGGAUUUGGGUUUUUGGGUCUGUUAGAACAUCUUUGAGAAUAAUGUCACCACCAUGCUCCAGUCAGCCCCACAAGAUCUAGGCCAGUGAUGCAGCUGAUCCUGGAUCAGCUCUCACCUGGACAACUUGAAAGAACCAACCAAGUUCUGAGUCGGCCCGCAGGUUUUGUUUGAAUACUUUCAUACAGGUUCUGGUUCUCUUCUCUUUUAAAUCUAGUUGAAGCUGGGCUGAAGCCCUGCCCCCCUCCGUGUCUUAACUUGGGUACCAGCGGUUCUUUUGGGUCCAAACACCAAAACGUUUCAUCUGGUGCCUUGGAGAGUUUUUGGGUCAGUCUAGCAGAACACUUCCUGUUCUAUUAGUUUAACCAGAUUCACUUCCUGUGUUGAACACGAAGCUGCUGCAGUGCAUUCUGGGAAACCGCUGACUCUUCCUGUAAACCUUAUUUAUUCCUCAACAGAAAGGUCCAAUCAGCUUUUAGUUCCUGGCAUCACAUCAUUCUUAGAGCAACGGUUUUGUCAGUUGUAAUUUUUUCCUUUUUAAUAAAGUUAUUUAAGAUUUUGUAAAUCAAGAUGGUUGGGAAAUAAAGAGUACGCUGACUGUGCACGCAGAGCUGACUUUA